UCGAAAAAGAAUCUAACCGCCGUAAUAUCGAAUGGAGAGUGACCAUGCCCGACGGUGGGUCGAAACCAUUGGUUGUUGAAUCGGGAUUCAUGAACAAGCUCAAGAGCUUUUUCAUAACAUGCAUAUUCUCGAAAAUUUUAAAUUUUCUUGACAAGGCUUGGAAAUUGGCAGUUUCCGAGCCGAAGAUGGUCUUCCAUUGUCUCAAAGUUGGACUCGCUCUUUCGUUUGUUUCCUUCUUCUACUACAUGAGGCCACUCUAUGAUGGUGUUGGCGGGAAUGCCAUGUGGGCGGUUAUGACUGUCGUGGUUGUUUUUGAGUACACGGCCGGUGCUACUUUGUGCAAGUGUGUAAAUAGAGUGAUGGGUACGUUUCUUGCCGGAGGACUUGGCAUUGGUGUUCAUUGGGUCGCUACUCAAUCCGGUCCAAAGUUUGAGCCGAUAAUUCUUGGGAUAUCGGUUUUUAUCCUAGCUUUCUCGGCUACUUUCUCGAGAUUCAUCCCAUCAAUCAAGGCGAGGUUCGACUACGGAGCUGCGAUAUUUAUCUUGACGUUUUGCUUGGUGACAGUGUCUGGAUAUCGGGUGGAGAAACUUUUUGAACUUGCCCAUGAAAGGCUGGCUACCAUUGCUAUUGGAACAUCAAUUUGCAUACUCAUUAGCCUCCUCUUAUUUCCUGUUUGGGCUGGAACAGAGCUUCAUCUUCUCAUUUGUAACAACCUCGAAAAACUUGCAGAUUCUUUACAUGGUUGUGUAGAAGAUUAUUUUGAAAUAGAGAAAAAUGAUAACGAUGAAAAAGAAGACGAAGAAAUGAUUAAUAAGAAGUUGAAUGGAUACAAGUGCGUGCUUAAUUCGAAGGCAACCGAAGAAACCAUGGCCAAUUUCGCGAGAUGGGAACCGGCACAUGGGAAUUUCAACUUCCGUCAUCCAUGGAAACAAUACAUUAAAGUCGGGGCUCUAAUGCGAAGUUGUGCUUAUUGUAUCGAGUCUCUCAAUGGUUGCGUUGAUCAAGAGAUUCAGGCACCCGAAGUCCUAAAGGAGCAAUUUCGCGAGGUGUGCAUGAAAUUGAGCUCGGAAUGUUCCAAUGUCCUAAAGGAACUAGCCUUCACCAUGAAGACAAUGACAAAAUCAUUAAAAGUAGAUAUUAUGGUGGCAGAUAUGAAUUUCGCGGUUCAAGAUCUUCACAACACUUUAAAGACAAUUCCCAUUUUACCCUCGGCCACAAUAACAAAAUCCCUCGGGAUUCCUCUCGUUCAGGUACUUCCGAUAGCGACGACAAUUUCCUUGUUGACCGAGCUAACAUCGAGGAUAGAAGAACUCGCGGACGCAUUAAACCAACUAGCCAUAAUGGCCGACUUUAGUGAUGUUGAAGAUGAAGAUAAAGGAAUGUUUGAAGAGGAGGGUCACCAUAAUAUUAUUAUUAGUAAUGGGAAUUCACAAGAUAAUGAAAUAAUUAAGAAAACCAUACAAAAUUGA